AUGCAGUACUUUGAGACAAGGAUAGUUGGCUUCAUAGUCGUCGGUCUUUUCAUAGUCCUCUCGCUAGUUUGGAGUUUUUCUGAGGAGUCCAAGGCUGUAGUCGAAUGCCCUGCAACAAAACCGCAUCGGCCGUCCACUUAUCAUUCGCACAAAGCAACUCUUUCCAAAAUAUUGCACAGCGAAGACUUUAGAAAUGCUUCUGUUGAAAAAUUGCAGGCUGCCAUCAGAACAAGGACUGAGGUUUAUGAUGACGAUCCCAUACUUGUUGAGGAUGAUUUUACGUACUGGUCAAAAUUCGAAAAGUUUGAACAACUGCUCAAAUCCACAUUUCCUCUAUUUUACAGCAAAACAUCCCUUCACAAGGUCAAUUACCAUGGCUUGGUGUAUAUUUGGGAGGGCAGUGACUCGUCCUUGAAGCCUCUGGUUUUAAUGGCUCACCAGGAUACAGUGCCCGUCUCUAAUUUGACUCUCAGCCAAUGGAAACACGAUCCUUUUAGUGGUGACUACGAUGGAGAAAACGUUUACGGUAGGGGCAUUGCAGACUGCAAAGACCAACUUAUUGGAUUAUUAGAAGCUGCAGAAGAGCUGAUCAGUAACGAGUUCUCGCCAAGAAGGACCAUUAUCUAUUCCUUUGGAUUUGAUGAAGAAGUUGGAGGCCCGAGAAACAAAAAUGCCGAAUGGCUCGAACAGAAAUUUGGCAAAGACUCCAUGUAUGCGGUUCUGGAUGAAGGAGGAGUUAAUCUAGACACCAUUCAAGGAGUCAAAAUGUCUGUUCCAGGAACGGCAGAGAAAGGCUAUAUGGACUUGAAAAUCAUCCUAGAAACCCCAGGAGGGCAUUCGUCAAUUCCGCCUAGACAUACUUCAAUUGGGAUUAUGGGCGAAAUGAUUGUGGAGCUGGAAAAAUCGGAGUUUCCAACGUAUUUCACCAAACAUAAUCCUGCGUUCUGGGAAUAUGUCUGCGUUGCAGAGCACUCGCCCGAGAUGCCUUCAUCCGUUAAGAAAAGUAUUCUGAGUGCGGGUCACGAUCAGAAGGCCAACGAGAUUGCAAGAAAUUACAUAGAUGUGGACCUCGGCAAGGGAUUUGUCGUCAAGUCAACAAGGGCCAUUGACAUCAUAACCGGAGGAGUCAAGGCAAACGCUCUUCCUGAAUAUGUGGAACUCACUAUGAACGUGCGGAUUGCCAUGGAGGAGACUGUAGACACUGUGGUUGAUAGAAUUAUAGCUACAAUUGAGCCAGUUGUUGACAAAUAUCAUCUUGGCCUUGCAUCUGAUUUUAAUGGGCGUCAGGAACUCAAGCCUAGCAGGCCAGCCGGAAACUGUCUCCUUAAGGUAGUUCAGGCAUUUCCUCCUGCUCCGCUGACGCCCACUCAGGGCAACCAUUGGGACAUAUUUUCCGGAACGAUCCACCACGUCUAUGAAGAUCUUGUGGCUCCGGACUCAACGGGCCUCAUUGUUGCUCCGGGUAUAGGUUCUGGAAACACUGACACUAAGUAUUACUGGAACCUCACAAAACAUAUCUACAGAUACAGGCCAGGUUUGUUGCCGGGUGUCUACUCUAAGGAGCAUGGAAUCAAUGAGUAUAUUCCAAUGGACUCUCAUCUGCACUUGAUUGUAUUUUAUUAUGAGUAUAUCCUGAGUGUCGACGAGACGGACGAUUGA